AUGCCAAAAGUAGAAGACGUCCCUGAAGAGCAGAAGCAGGAAACACAGGUCACUGAAGAAAAGCCAGCCGAAGAGACCUCUCACACUGAAGAAAAGCACGAGCACUCCCACGAGGGUCACUCUCACGAAGGCCACUCUCACGAAGGCCACUCCCACGAAGGCCACUCCCAUGAAGGCCAUUCUCACGACCACGACCACGACCACCCACACACUCACGGAGAAGGUCACAAGAGUGACGAAGAAGGCGAAGAAGGAGCUGCAGGCAAACAAAGCAGAGGCGAAAAGAAAUGCAGAAAAGCCAUGCAAAAACUCGGCCUUAAGCCAGUCCCAGGCAUUAACAGAGUGACCAUGAAGAGAGCCAAGAACAUGCUCUUCAUUGUAGAGAACCCUGAAGUCAUGAAAAGCCCUAACGCUGACAUCUACGUCGUCUUUGGCGUCGCCAGAUUUGAAGACUUAAAUCAAAUGCAGGCAGCUGCUGCAGCUAAAGAUUUCGCUGCUGAACAGCCUAAGAAAGAAGAAGUCCCAGUUGAGCCUAUCAAAGAAGACGUAGCAGGAGAAGAAGAAGGAGACUUAGACGAGACCGGCCUCAAGGCUGAAGAUAUCACCACCAUCAUGAACCACUGCAAAGUUAGCAAGAACAAGGCUAUUAAGGCUCUGAGAGAAGCUAACGGAGACACUGUUGAUGCUAUCCUUAAACUUAGUUAA